AUGAAAACCCAUCAUACUUAAAGAAUCGAAGAUAACUGCCGAUAAGAGAAUGAAUAAGAGGUUACUGUAAGUGCUAAGACUAACUCUAAAUUAGCAGAUUCUAUUUUAACUUAGCUAACAAACCCAAAUUAAAUCGAAGAAAAAUAACAAUAGGAUAUGAAUAAAAAUAAAAAGUCACCUGUUUAUGGUAAAAAAUCUACAGAUUUUACCGAACUUAGAGCGAGUACUAAAUAACCUAGUCCAAGUAAAAAUAACGAUCACAGGCGAGAUACUGUGAUGAAUUAAGCUAGACCGAAGCCGUUCAUCAAUAUUGAUGACGAUAACGAGGAAUUAUAAGAAGUAAGAACUUAAAGCAUGCAAUCUCCUAAUUUUGGAACUUAAUUUGACUUAAGCAAAAUUUAAAAAGGAACAGCUCAUCAGGUCUGGUUUAGGCCAGGGAAUUAAGUUGUCGGAAUGGAUGGUUAGUGCCAUUCUUUGCUGCUCUCACCUACCUACAAUAACCAAUUACUUACAAAACCGUCAAUUUAGGGUAGUUCGAGUACCACCUCUUUUGACGUUAACUGUUUCUCAUUCAAUAAUGAAUCAUAAGGCAGCAAUUACUAUGCUUUUGUGGGUCCAGACGGUUAAGUACCUAACUCUUACUUCAAGAUCGGUGAUCAAUAAUUUUCAAUAAUUUCACCUAAGAAUUAGAAUAUCGGUAAUAUGCUCAAAUAAGGAAGUAAAAUUAUGCUACUUGAGAAUAGUCUUGAAUAAUUCAAGGAUAUAGAUGAGGAAUCAAUUCAGGAUGAAAGUAGCAGCAUCGAGGAAAUCAAGCUUGAUGAGAUCUAGAGAUCAAAUGAUAAAAUGAAUAUGCUUGGAAAGAACUCCAAGAAGCAAAAGUAGCUCAGAAAUCACAUUUUAAUAUUCAAAAAUCCAAUGGGGCUCCUAGAUAAAGAUGCUAUCCCAAAUAUAGCAUAGGCUCAAUCACCAUUAUUAACAAGAAGGAGUGGAAGUGCAGAUCUUUAUAAAGAUCGAAGUAAAGAAAAAGGAACAUUUAGUACUGAUAGCAAGGGUGAUAAAGGGCGCCGAGUCAGCAAUGAAACUAUAGAAGAUGAAGAUCUAGAUGAGAGGACAUCCCAGACAAGACCCACUGGUCUCUAACUUAACCAAAAUAGUAUUCAAAAAAAAGAUGAUCAAAAUAAAAGCGCAUUGAAUUUUCAAUAAUAAUAGCAAGAAGAAGACAUGAGAGUGUAACAAUAAAAUUAAAUGAUGCUGGGGAGCAAUUAAAAAAUUUUCCUAAGAUUACCUUAAGGUUAUCAAUAAAAAGCUUCCCCCAUUGCAAUUAUAAAUAACCCUUCUAAACUUUAAGGCAGAGAGUCUCCAAGAAGUCCAAAAGUUAAGCAUUCUGGAGAAAAAUUCACUGAUAUGAUUAAGUAGAACAAUAAGUCAACUCAGAAAAAACGAAUUCCAGAUUUUAAUUCUAUUUAGACACUUAUUGAUUAAGAGAGGAUCUAAUUACCAUCUCAGAAUGAAUCAUUGUUAUCAAAGACCCAUACAAGUAAAAAAUUCAAUAACAGAAACAUCUAGGAUAAAGCUUACACAGCCUAGAAUAGACUUAAAGAUAACAGAAGCUUCGAUGAUAAAUUAGACUUUAACAUGCAGAUUCGAAUUAAUAAACAGGAUAGCAAUGACGAGUAUAUCGACUUUAAUCAGGACUUCAAGAAAAAGUAGGAUUAGCAGAAACUGUUUAACUUUGCCAAGAAUAAUAACCUUAACAAUAAUAUGUACCUAAAAAACGCUAUCCAUAAUAGACAUAACCCUUAUUAAGAAGAUAUUUUUAGCGAUGAUGAUGUUCCAUAUAGACAAAGUUCAACUGGAAAUCACAUGAAAUAAACUACAAUUCCGCAGCUUGAUCUAUAUGGUGCCUUGCCUUAAAGCAAGGAAAAAAUAAAGAAGAGCUAUGUCUCAUCAGUCAAGAACUCAAAGGACAUGGCUGUUCAAGAUUUAUAAAAAAUGCUAGAUACUAAAUAAGAAUAAUUAAAAAUGGAAAAACUUAUUAGAUAAGAUUAAAUGAUGAAGUUGAAGCAAAUAGAAAAAGAAAAUUUGCAACUGAGACAAUACCUUAAUCAUAUCUUAAUGAUUAAACUGAAUUGCGACCAUAAUUAAUGA